AUGAAGGAUGCUGCUCCACGAGAAGAGGUUAGGGCGAGGGAUCUCGUCGAAGACUUGGCGGGCAUCGAGCAAGCUCCCGCAUUUGCCAUACUUCUGGACGAGCAGAUUGGCGAGGAAGAUGUUGUGGGAAUGGCUGCUCUCGCGGACGCGCCCAUGGAUUCGCUUGCAUUCUUCCAAAUCUCUGGCUCUUCUGAUCGAUCGAGCAAGAUCUUCGACUGGAUCAACCGCGCCUUGCUCGAGACAACUAGCCCUUUGCAGCAUACGAAUGGUUCUCACUGGCGCCGCCGCCGCUCUGCAAUAUCCUAUGCGGCACCGGAUCCAUCGCUCGGCGAGGCAGAGGCAUCCUCGAUGAGCACGGGAGGCAGCAGGUCCGCGACACCGAUGCCCAGCAUCGGGGGGAGCUCCUCCCCGCCGCGGCGGCGGCGGCGGCGGACGAACACCCCGGGGCCAGGUGCAUACUCUCCACUCAUCCCUACAUCGGCUCCAAAGUACAGCCUUGCGAGCCGAUUGACGUCGCGAGGUGAGUCUGACAAUCCGGGGCCGGGCACUUACAAGCUCGGUUCCAUGCUCGGUGGCCCAUCCUACACGAUCAAGGGAAGAACCGAGCUUCACCAACGAGAGCAGACCCCCGGGCCCGGCGCCUAUAACCAGCUCUCGAGGCCGAGCUCUCCGGCAUUUUCUCUCUCGGGUAGGCUUCGCCGACAAGUGGGCGAGAACGUCCCUGGUCCCGGAUCUUACGAGCUGGGCAGCACGCUCGACACGCAGGGGAUUCGAAUCCAUGGCAAGCUCAAGACUCUGGGCAGGCCAGACUCUCCCGGUCCGGGGGCGUAUGAUCCAAACUCGAGAACUGGAAGUCCAUCGCCACCUUCUUACUCCCUCGGCCCAAGGACUUUCUACGAGCACACAGAGGACACCCCAGGGCCGGGAGCUUAUGGUCGGGGAAAGGCAUCCAGUGGGCCUGCUUACAGCCUUUCUGGGAGGCUUGGAGACGGCGGUGCCAGGAACCAAAACCCGGGACCAGGAACCUACGAGCCCAACAUCAACUCGAGAAGCCCGUCACCUCCAUCCUACUCGCUCGGAUCCAGAGUGUUCUACGAGCAUUCCUCCGAGACUCCUGGGCCGGGAACUUACAGCCGGUCUCGGAGUCCCACUGGCCCCGCUUACAGCCUUUCUGGGAGGCUGUCCGAGACGAAGAGCGCGCAGAAUCCAGGCCCCGGCGCUUACGACCCGACUGGCAAGGUGGUGUACCGGGCACCACCGGCUUACUCGAUGGGAGGUCAGCUCCACUACGCUUACAACGAGAACACUCCAGGACCCGGGAGCUACAACAUCAAGUCCGGGGCGACGGGGCCAUCCUACUCUCUCUCGGGAGUUCUUGCCAAGCGGAGGCCCGAGCAGAGUCCCGGCCCGGGAGCCUACAGCGUCGCAGUUAUCUCCCUCGCGCCAGCUUACUCGCUCUCCGGGAGGCUUGAGCGCAAGUUGCGAGAGGACACUCCAGGCCCCGGCGCGUACUCGCUGGGGAGCUCCAUGGAGGGGCCGUCUUUCAGCUUGUAUGGACGACUCACGCCGCUCCAGAGGACUUUCUAUCCCGGCCCGGGUGCUUACACCGUCAUUGGCAAGUCGGAGACUCCAGCUUUCAGCAUAGGACGCAGGCUCAUACACGCAUCCGGAGAGACGACUCCGGGGCCCGGGCAGUAUGGCCGGCCGAUGAUCAAGUCGGGGGCGCCGAAGUAUAGCAUGGGAGAGAGGCUGGCGUACAGCAAGAGAGAACCGGGACCCGGCCCUGGAGCUUAUCAUAUGGAUCUCAAGAGCGAGCUUCCUUCGUUUAGCCUCGCUGGUCGGCUUCCACUUCUAACUGCGGCUGUGACUCCAGGCCCGGGAGCUUACAACAUCAAGGGCGCUCUGGAGGGUCCUGCCUAUAGCUUGACGAGCCGGGGGCACGAUUUAACUCGGAGUGUAAGUCCAGGUCCAGGAGCUUACGAUCCCAGAGCCGCGAUGGUGCUGAACAAGCCGCCAGCGUUUAGCUUGAGUGGCCGGCUCAAGCACCUCGGGCGCGAGGAGACUCCCGGGCCGGGUGCUUACAACGUCCGGAUCAAACCAGACGGGCCGGCUUACACGAUGAGACCGCGGCUGGAUUUCGAUUACGAGGACGAGGAGGACGAGGACUUGGAGAAAGAGUUUGGGAUCGAGGUGGAAGCAAAAGCUUACAGGGGCGUGGAGAAAAGUUUGAGAUCGAGGACGGAAAUGUUUGAGCAGCAGCAGCUGGCCCCGAGUUUGGAUCGAGCAAAAUGGUGGUGGUGGCUGUUUGAGGUCAAACGUUCAAACGUAUGA